AUGCUACGACGUCACCACUCUCCUCUUCACCGUCGCCUCUUCACUUAUGACUCUUUACCACCACGUGCGGCCUGCUACAUACUGACCAACCACCGUUUCCCCACAGGUGUUGGCCACGAUCAACAUGACAUCCACUUUUCCUCCAUCCAGCUUCUUCUCGGCACACCAAGCCCCCACUACGGACCCCGUGUGACCAUCGACGGUGGCUUCUUUCCUUACAUCCUGGACAAAGUGAUAGCUUAUUCCGACGUGCGUACCCUCUUCCAGUGGCGGGCCACGUCCAGGACCCUCCAGAAGCGACUUGACCCGAUCCUUUUCCGCACCAUCACUGUUGAGGUGCAGUCUUCUCAAGGCUUCGAUGACAGGCAACGGUUCAUUUCAGUCCGCGUUCGGGAUGCCCCGAUUUUCCUUGAUCCAAUCGUUCACCGGCACUUGAUUGCCAAGUAUGCUCGAGUGGUGGACGUGGUCGAUGGCGAGGGCAUGAAAGUGGACCUGCACCCAAACCUGCAGGCUGAACUGGCCUACGACCUGAGCUGUAGAAUCUCCUUGUUCCUCAAGUACGUCAAACGUCAUCGACGUCAGCGGUGA